GCAUGCUGGGGUUACCGUUUUUCCAAGUGGUUGAAACAGAGCGGUGUUUGAGGUUUGAACGAGGCUCACAAGCCGGUACUAUUCUGCCAUUUCUUUCCCCUUCCACUCACCAUAAACGGACAAUAUUUGAUGAGGAGAAUCACUUGUUAGUUUACGAGAUUGUCAGGGUUCUUCGAAGCCAACGCAAGUUGAAUUUCAGUCCCAAAUGCACUGUCCCCUCCAAACGUGAGGUGGCAAUGAGGAGUCUAGGAUCGAAGUUAUACUUUCAUGGUGAACUAUAAGAUACAAACAUACGACAAAGACGAUAAACAUGGUCCUUACACCUCGCCAGAAAGAGGAACUGAAUAAAGCCAUUGCUGACUAUCUUCACCAGUGUGGCUUUGAAGACACCCUAAAUGCAUUUAAACAGGAUGCAAAUAUGCCAGGGGAACUAGACAAAAAGUAUACUGGACUACUGGAAAAGAAAUGGACUUCAGUUAUAAGACUUCAGAAAAAGGUUAUGGACUUGGAAACAAGGCUCUCAGAGGCUGAAAAAGAAGUGCACCAUGGAGGGGGUCCCAAAAAGACCAGGUCCCCAGAGGACUGGAUUCCACGCCCUCCUGAGAGGUACACAUUGACGGGCCACAGAAGCCCAAUCACAAAAGUUUUGUUUCACCCAGUGUAUAGUGUAAUGGUGACAUCUAGUGAGGAUGCAACAGUGAAAGUUUGGGAUUAUGAGACGGGAGACUUUGAGCGGACACUAAAAGGCCACACCGAUGCAGUACAGGACCUGGCCUUCGACCAUACUGGGAAGUUCUUAGCUUCAUCUUCAGCUGAUAUGACCAUCAAGCUGUGGGAUUUUCAAGGAUUUGAAUGUAUCAGGACAUUACACGGUCAUGAUCAUAAUGUAUCAUCAAUAUCAUUUCUACCUUCUGGUGAUCAUUUAGUGUCAGCUUCACGUGAUAAAACUAUAAAAAUGUGGGAAAUAGCAACCGGGUAUUGUGUAAAAACUUUCCAAGGUCAUGGCGAAUGGGUGAGGAGGGUGCGGCCUAAUGCUGAUGGAUCUUUAAUAGCAAGCUGUUCUAAUGACCAGACGAUCCGUGUCUGGGUUGUGGCAUCCAGAGAAUGCAAGUGUGACUUACGGGACCAUGACCACGUCAUAGAGGACUUGAAUUGGGCCCCAGAGUCUGCAACUCCAGUGAUAAAUGAGGCAGCUGGGGUUGAGGGUGGUAAGAAAGCCAUGAGCCCUGGUCCAUUCUUAGUGUCUGCCUCACGUGACAAGUCUAUCAAGAUAUGGGAUGUCAGUGCUGGUGUCUGUCUGGUUACUUUGGUUGGUCAUGAUAACUGGGUGCGAGCUGUGAUGUUUCACCCUGGAGGCAAGUUCAUAGUUAGCUGUUCUGAUGAUAAGACUCUAAGAAUCUGGGAUUACAAGAACAAGAGGUGUGCCAAAACCCUGGUGGCUCAUGAGCACUUCGUUACCACAUUAGAUUUCCAUAAGUCUGCACCGUUUGUGGCGACUGGCAGUGUUGAUCUGACACUGAAAGUGUGGGAGUGCCGUUAACACACACCUUGCCGAAGAAUGGAGAACUCUUAUUCAACUUGCAUAAUACUAUAAACCUAUAAAGCAAUGCUGUAGCGGCAUUACCAGUACUACCCAGUGGAUUAUGUUACAACAGAUCUCUUUGAUCGAGGUCUACCAUGCGCGCAGAUGCAACACCAAACCUUCGAUGUUACAAUCUGUACCAAUAUUGAGUUUGAAACUCUUGCCUCCGGUACGAGCCAAGACAUUAUUCCCAUUCUGACUUGUAUGGUUAAAGUGUCUUCUAAAUAUAGGACUACUUAAAAAUGUUUAGUACAAUAUUGAAAUUGAGAUUUAGACAGGUGGUACGACUAAGCUAAAUACUUAAAAAGUGUGUAUAGUUACUUUAGCCCGAUACCUGUAUCAACUGUAUUGAACACUGAACUCUUUUGUCUAAGUCCUUGCAUUAUUACUGUAAGAGCACCCUGAUGUCAGGCUAUAUUUAAUGGGAAUAAUAGAAAACAAACAAAAAUGGAUAGCAAGGGAUGAUUUACUGUGGUUUUAGCAUAGUUAGGGCCUAAUCAAAGUUUCAUUUCUGGGCCUUGUUUUGUAUUACAAUAGUUUGAGUGGUGGCAAAUUCAGGAGGUACCUUCUUUGUAUUGAGAUUUCAAUACAAUAAACGAUAUUAGGCUUACCAAAA